UCAUCAGUCAGCUAUUCGAGGGACCAUUAAACGAAAUUAUGUCAGAGAUCACGUUUUAUGAGGACAGCAUAUACACGGAGAGCAUGUCAGAGAAAGAGGCCUAUGAUCGUUCAAAGCUUAAACUUGAUUUUGGGAGUGCAAGUGCAAUAUCUGCCAGCAAAAGGAACUCUAUCCUCGAGACCCCGACUAGUGGGGCUUUGCUGCAGUCUCCAGAUCUCAUGUUGCUUAAACUUGGAUCACCAGAACUUGAGAAUUUGAUCAUGCAAAAUAAUGGACUUAUUACAACUACACCAACGCCAACAGAUUCAAGUAUAUCAGAUCAGAGUACAGUCGAAGAACGAGAACAGUUUGCCGCUGGAUUUGUCAGAGCUUUACAGAAACUUCAACAAAAUGGCGAGGGCAUGCCGAUGACUUUGAGUGAGGCCACCUCAUAUGCAGCAUCUCAUGCCAGUUCCAGUCAUGCCCAAUAUAAUUCACAAGGCUACUCUUCACAAGAUGUAAAUGCUAACACGGUUUCAGUGAAGAAGGAGAGAAUCGAAGCACAAGUAAUUAAAUCGCAAACACAGGGUAGGCCUAGCUCGGGUGUUUAUCCGCCACCAAGUUGGGUAAAAUCGGAUGCAAGUGGCGUACGUGGAGGGCAAACUUCAGUUGCUAGAAGUCAAGGAAGGCAGCAGGUUGCAAAUAGGCCAGCAUGUGUGCAAAGUGACCAGAAUCAACAGCGAUUGAGUUACGGGAUCACCACACAACCGACCAUAGUUCGUUAUCCACAGAAUUCAAGUUCUGGCCUAACUUCAAGGAACAUUUCUUCUACUGCUUCAGUUUACUCAUUGCAGCCGUCAAGCCUUGAAAGAUCUUACCCUCAAAGUGGAACAACCAGUCAACAAAGUGUUAAUUUAACUAGGAAUGUCGCAUCAAAUUCUCCAUAUCCGGUGAUAAGUUCUAUUCGCUCGGCAUCGUCGUCACCAAAGCCCCCAGCUUACAAAUUGGAGGACGAAGCCCAGAUUGUACCUUCAAACACUCCACCACUCCAGUCCGCCCCAAUUGACUUGAAAAUGCAGGAAAUUAUUAAACAUGAGAGGAAAAAGUUGAGGAAUCGUCUUGCUGCUCAGAGAUGCAGAAAAAGAAAAAUUGAACGGGAAGAAGAGUUGAAGGACAAAGUAAAGGAUUUGAAAAUGACGUACACCGAACUGACAACAACACGCUCUGAACUCAGAAAGCAAGCGAUUGAACUUAAACAAAAAGUUAUGAAUCACGUGAAAAUGGGAUGUCAAGUCUUCCUUCCAAAUUCAUCUGGAAUCGUUACAGAAGGACUAUCGCUAUCAUCGUUAACUGAACUGUAGUUUAAUCAGUUUGUGGUAUCGCAACCCAGUGAAGCCAUUUUCAUGGGUUUUCUUCAGCCAUAGUAAGGCCACUGUUCUAGUGGCGUUGGCUGUAUUGCAGACAUGGCUGUCAAAUCUAUUACCCGUGAGAUUGUUAUUGUUAGGGUAACUUCCCUCGAGGUAAUUGCUUAGGAAAUUGUCAUAGUACCCGUUAAUUUAGGUCAAGACUAAAUAAAUAGGCUCAGGAUUGUUAUUUGAUAGUUAUGAAUGCUUUCACGCCAAGUCAAACAAUUGCAUCAAAUCUUUUGUGAAGCAUUCGAAUUUCACACAUUCUUUUCUCUCAAGUUAGAAUCAGGUGUAAUUUGACAAUAAAAGGCUUUGUUUAGUUUAAUAGCAAUGUUAGAGUGAUGCACAAGUUUCAGAAGACAGACUUUUCCGCAUCCUUAGAAUGUCUGCCAAAUUUCCGGUGUCAUUUCCCUUUAAUCUAACAUCAUCAUACCAGCAUUUAUUUUUGUUGUGAGUUUCCCUAAACUGGAAAUCUUUACGUACUGAAGUACCAUUUUCUUAUUUAUUUGAGGACUGUUUCGAAAUACAAUUUAUGUAAUUUUAUAAGUUUGUUGUUUUGUGUGAAAUUCAAAACCAGAAUUCACUUAUAAUUUAGAAACCAAUAGUUCAAGCUGGUUCUUGGAGAGCGACCACCAAGACUAGAUUUAAUAGAAAAAGGUUUAUGUUUUGGCAGGGAAAUUCAAUGAGAUAGAUUUAUAAUGAUAUUAUAUUGUGACAAGAUUUUCUGCGAAAAUUGUUUGUUUUAUCUUGCCUAGAAUAGUUUGUAAAGAUUUUGUACAUUCGUAUUGUAGAGAUGGUAGAAAUUGAGAAGUAUUGUAAGUUUAACUUAGUUGAUGAUAAAUGCAUGCAUAUUUAUUUACUUGUCAGAAAAAAGACAGUGUGAUAUUUUUAGAGGUUCAGAUUAAUCAUUUGCUGCUAAAGACAAAA